UUUCCCUCGCGCUGCAGACGUGAGAGCAGCUGUGGGUGUCGGCAGGUGGAGCUCCUCCAUCCCACUCAGACCUCCAGCAGGGUCCAGGACUGCCUCCCAGAAACGCGCUCAUCCACUCGCUCCGUAACACGCUCAGACCUCGCCCGCCCGCACGUGGAUCCGGGCGGAGAUCCACAGAGUUAAGAGCGCGACGCGGCGCGCGCGCAGCGGACAGGCUCGUGCCAUCUCCGCCGCUUUUAUUUGUUGUUUUUCUUUUAUUUGCAUCGUGUUUGUAAAAUGGGAUUCUGACAGCUGCAGGGCUGCCGGCGCCGUCGGCUCCUCCUGAGCGGAAAAUGAAGCGUCUCUGUCGGAGGCUGGCGGUGGCCGUGGCGGUGCUGGUGUGGCUGGGAGCGCUGGUUUACCUGCUGGUGCUGAGUCGGAGGAAGUUACCGGAGCUCGGUGCGGGAGCAGGAGGAGCAGCAGGAGCAGGAGGAGGUGCAGAGACUGGGAACGAGCAGAUUUCAGAGGCAGAAUGGGAGGACAUGCUGGAGGGGUUUGAUGAGCGGAGCUACCUGAACGCUCGGCGCUGGAAACCCGGCGAUGACCCGUACACCUUGUACGCCUUCAACCAGAGAGAGAGUGAACGCAUCCCCAGCGACCGCGCCCUGAGAGACACGCGGCACUACAGGAGCUUGAUCGGCAUCAUUCCAUCGAGCAGCACAGCUUCGGUAACUGGACCUGCACUGCACUGUUUGUUGAUGUGAGUGGACCAAGAAGCAUCAUCGUAGAUCCUUCUGUAUAACCGUC